AAAUUUCUCACAAAAAGUUGUCGUUAUUCAGAAUUUUAGAGUGACUGUUACAGUUCGUUUAGAACCGAGGAACCGAACCGAAAAACCGAGAACCGAAUUAGUCGGUUCUGGUUUCUAUCUUGCUAUUUCGGUUCUAGUUUUUUAAGAACCGAAUUUCUACGAGAACGGAGGAAUCGAACCGAACGAAGAACCGAAUGCCCAGUCCUGAAUCACGUCUUCACCCGUGCUCGUGCGCUGCGCCCAUCCCUUCCGCCUCCACGCUCCCCACGUGCACCGUGCACAGCACCACACAGCCAGGUCCCCAUGGCGGCGGCGGCGGCGGUUGCGUCUGCGACGACGGCGGAAGACGAAGCGCGCCUGCUGCGCCUGGAGGAGCAGGCGGAGCACGGCGGCGGCGGCGCCUGGGAAUACCUCUGCCUCGCCCGCCGGCUCCGCGCCCGCCGCCCCGCUCACGUCCUCCGCGUCGGCCUCGCCCUCCUCAACAACGCCUCCGCGCGCUCCGGCCUUGCCUCAGAACAGUGGACGCUCUACGAGCAGGUGGCCACGGCGGCCAUGGAUUGCCAGCGUCUCGAUGUGGCAAAGGCGAGGACUGUAUUGGAGUCCUUUCAAAACAAUUUCCUGGGAGCACACGGGUUGCCCGGCUAGAAGCUCGUCUGUUUGAAGCAAAAGGUGAAUGGGCUGAAGCUGAAAGAGCCUACGCGCUAAUCCUGGAAAACAAUCCAUUUGACCAGAUUGUCCACAAGAGGAAAAUUGCUAUCGCAAAAGCACAAGGUGGUAUGUCGAUAGUGAUUGAUUAUCUCAAUAAGUAUCUGGAAUUGUUUAUGGCUGAUCAUGAUGCUUGGAGAGAACUUGCUGAAACAUACAGUUCCUUACAAAUGUACAAGCAAGCUGCCUUUUGUUAUGAGGAGCUAAUAUUAGCCCAACCAACUAUUCCACUAUAUCAUAUAGCCUACGCUGAGGUUCUGUACACUAUGGGUGGCUUGGAAAAUCUCCAAACAGCUAAGAAGUAUUAUGCAUCAACAAUCCAGUUAACUGGAGGCAAGAAUACAAGAGCCCUCUUUGGUGUAUGUCUGUGUACUUCGGCAAUCAAUCAGUUGACGAAAGGAAGGAAUAAAGAGGAAGAGGACUCGGAGCUGCAGAGCUUGGCUGCAGAGGUACUGCUGAAGAAUUACAAGCAGCAGGCUCCAUCAAAGGCGCCCCUUAUCAGCAGCAUGUUGAAGAACAUGAAACUCAGCUGAUACCAACCAGCUCCACACAUUCAGAGUGGCCUGAUUUGAUAGAUAGUUAAGUUAAAUUGAUGUGGCUUAAUAUAUGCUUGUUUUUUUAUAUAUAAAAAAAUUGUGGCACCAACAUUGUGCAAGGCUUAAAAGUAGAUGCUCCCAAGGCCAUGGGUUGUACAACACCUGCUUGCUUACCUCGAAAUAUGCAUGGCUUCUUCAGUGGAUGUUCUACUAUAUAGAUCAACAAACCCCCGAUUGUACUUGAGCACAAACAAAAUUUUGAAUCAGUCGCUGGUGAAGUUGUACGUGUUGAUUUUCAUUGGUACC